GUGCCAAAGACAAAAGCCUAAGAGCAAGGUCGUGGUGAAGUGCCGAAUUAAGUGAACGAUGGCUCCAAAAAUUGUAUUUUUGAUUGUAUACCUGACAACUUUUACUUCCGGAGCCGAGCAUAAUCCCAGGGUUCAUGAAGACCAAGUCGAAAGAGAAAGUGGAAGUGUUAGGACUGCUCGAAAUCCUUACGCCACCCAAAAAAUGAUUGAGUACAAACCACAUGUCUUCAACUAUCAGUUGGCACAACAGCAAAACUAUUUGAAGCACAGAUACGCUCAACAACAAAAGGUUGAUUUCAGAAAUGGGUUUUAUAUGAGAGGGCCGUCUGCUGGUGAAUAUUCACCAAAAGAUCACCGUUUAUCCAACAACCCUUCAUUACCUACUGGGAUCACUGAGGAAUGGCAACCGUUUCAACCUAGAAUUACAAAACAAAAUAUACACAGACGUCCUAAAUUGCAAAUCCCCACUCAGUUCACAACAAGAGUCGUACCAAACUCUCGUGCGAAAGGGUUGAAUUCAAAAGAUUUGGAAGGGGCAAGUUCAGAAACGGUUAUGAAAACACAAGAAAUUGAUAGACAGGAUGGACCGAUAAACUUCGAACGAGAAAUCGUUUAUGUCCAUCCAAAUGUCCUCAAUCCAAAUUCGAUUUCUGGUAUUCCUGAUUUAAAAUAUAAUGCUCUUAAUGACUUAUUAGGAAAAAAUCCAAAUGUUCAGCUGGAGGGUUUGAAACAUAUUUUGUUACAAGAAGUUUCUCAAAACAGCCCCAUUUCUCCUGCCUCAAAUGAACAGUCUGGCCCCAAGGACCACACUCCAAUUGUGGAAAAAUCUAUCGAUAUUCCUAAUCCCAGGUCAAGACCCAAUAUACAUGUCGGCCAUGAAGAAACGCCCUCGCAAAUUGUUUCGUCAAUACUGCAACAAUCCCCCGCUAUCGACCAGAACUCUUUGGAAAGUCUCCAAAAGCAACUGGACGAGGCUUCCAAUAUACAGACCCAGAAGGUUUUGGAAAAGGCAAAGCAAGAAGCCCAAGCACACGUGGAGGCUCAGCAUAAAGCUAUUGAGAAUGCACAAAAAGCAAUACUUCAGAAAUAUCAUUUGAACGAACAUCCACAGGCCCUGCCUUUAGUUCAGCAGGAAAUAGCUCCAUAUAAACAACAAACUUAUCACCAAAACAAUCAACCAGCUUUCGAACAUAAUUUGUUUUAUCCAACUCCUUUACCAGGCCUCGAAAACAAUCAGAAUAUAGAUGAUCAGAGCAGUAAUAUUGGAAAUUCCGUAGCUGCAAAUCAACAUCUGGCAUUACAUCAAACUUUACCUAUUCAUUCAAUAACGAAGUCCUUUCCCAUUUCAUCUGAGAUCAAACCUGUACACCAUUACCCAUCAAAGAACGUAGAGUUUUACGCCCCCAAUCAUAUCCACCAAGCAGCUGCUCAAAUCCAAGCAGAAAAGGCUCUUGUCGCCCAAGUGAAAGCCCAGAACAGUGAAAUAUUGAAAAACUACAAACAGUUUUCCAACGUUCAAGAUAAUUCCCAACAGGAUACAAGGCUUAAGGUACUGGAUACAUUUCAACAACUUAUUUUUGAUGACCAAGAAUCUGGGAAAGAGAACACUGUUCAUAAGAAGUCGGUAAUACAUCCGGAUGAGAAAAAUGAACUUCAAUAUGCUGCCAGGUAUGCUUUUGGGUAUAGAAUAAAGGACGCAAAAGAGGGGAAUGAUUUUGGUCACCAGGAAAAAAGAAAUGGAAAAAAUGCAGAAGGCAGUUACUACGUUCUUCUACCAGAUGGCCGAAAACAGAAAGUGGACUAUUUUGCUGAUACUAGUGGCUAUCAUGCCAAAGUAACUUAUGAACAUGUGGCCCAUCAUCGUUGAACACAAAUUCCGGAAAUAUUUGAGAAAAAUAUAUUUUAUCAAUUUGACCAACGAACGGUAGAAAAAUGAACUGUGGAAGAUUUCCUCAGCAGAAUCCACUGAUCAUAUACAUUAUAUUCACUGAAAGGGAAAAUCCACAUACAGAUUUGUAAAUAUUUAGUGCAGAACAGAAAUAUUUUGAAUACUGCAUUACAGAAAACGGAAUAUUUUUUCAAAUAGAGUAUUCAUCUGAACGGGGAAUUAUAUAAUGCGUAUUUGCAAGACUUUCAAAAAUGACUUAUUUCCCAUUUACUUGAAAUUUUUGAAUGAUGUAGUUGAUGAAAAGUGUCAGCUUGAUCCCUAAGUAAAUAUUUGUGACAUUGGGCAUUGAAGUUAUAAAUAAAAUAUUUUGUUAUACUAUAAACUCUAUCGGGAAAAAAUCUACACAUUCCUUCUCAAAUAAUAUAAUAUGGUUCAAGUAAGCACACUUUGAUUCAUUCUGUGUGAUUUUCUUUCACAUGUAGAUUAUUUAUUCUGAAACUAUCUGUUUUGUCUAUUGUAUUAAACAUUUUUCCUAUUUAUUUUUACCUCACCUCUAAAUAUCUAUAGAACUCUUUGAUUAACAUUUGCAUUAUUAUUUCAUCGAUAUUUUUUUGUUUGAAAGUGUCGAGUUGCAACACUGAAAAAAAUAAAUAAAAAUUAAAAAUUUCCUAAGGAUAUCUUUUUCAAAACUAACUUGAUUAUGUUUUGCUAUCGGAUUUGUGGAAAAUGUUCCAAAAUGCUACAUCUUGGCAAAACAAAAUCUAUACUCAAAUCUUUGCCAGUAAAUCUAUCAACAGUUACUCAACCAUAACUUGAAAUGCAUUUUCAACCACAAUAUUAUCAACUUUUUUUCUCCCAGUAAUCCUCGUUCCCAAUUACUAUGAAAAUAAAUUAUUAUUAUUCAAAUAUCCCUAUAAGUUAAUAUCAAUCUUAAGUAAAAAUGUUUUUUGUUUUCAUGAAAAAUAUGCUGACACUAUGAUAAUGCAGUUGAAUUUCAUUGGAUGGUAAAAGCCACACACUUUCAUUUUUAUGUUUUCUAUAAUAUGACCCAAAAAUAUUUCUAUGUAUUAAAACUUAUUUAUAUGUAAAUGUACUCUGACAAAAUGUUUAUUAUUUAUUAUAGUUCUAUUCAAAUGAGGGCAUGUGCAAUAAUAGAAUUAUGACUUAAUUAUUAGGUCUAGACAAAAGACCUCAUUUUUAUUGCUAUUGAAGUAUUUAUGUAUGUUAAUAAAAAAUCGUUAUUUUA